CAUACUUCUCCAAUAUGCACCACAAAUCCCCCAAUCACAAGCCAUCUUACUCAUAACUUUAAGAACCCUCCUUUUGAGUUCUCCUAAGAUGGCUUCAAAGACAUUAGCAUCAACUUCCCUCCUCCUAUGCCUAAACCUUGUAUUCUUCACUUUAGUGAGCUCCACCUAUGUACCUUGUCCUCCACCACCCCAAACACCCUCAGGACACCACGGCGGACACCACGGUGGACACCACGGCGGACACCAUGGUGGACACCACGGUGGAAGCCCAUCGACACCAACGACGCCAGUAGUGCCACCAACUCAAGGCAAGUGCCCAAUUGAUACCCUAAAGUUGGGUGUGUGUGCCAAUGUGUUGGGUGACUUGAUCCACCUUGUUGUUGGUACUCCACCAAAAACUCCAUGUUGCCCUCUUAUUGAAGGGUUAGUAGACCUUGAAGCCGCUAUUUGCCUUUGCACUGCCAUUAAGGCUAACAUUUUGGGAAUUCACCUUAAUGUUCCUCUCUCUUUGAGCUUAUUGCUUAACUAUUGUGGCAAGAGUGUGCCCUCUGGCUUCCAAUGUCCUAGUUAUUGAUAACAUGAUGCUACAACCUUAUUUUUUUAAUUUAUUUUGUACUGGUGAACGAAGAAUGUUCUCAUGAUUCGUUAUUUGUUGACCUUUGUUGUUUGAUUUAAUCGGUGAUAUGACCUCAAUCACCUUCACUGUCCUCUGAUUGGUGUAACUUCUUCGCUAGUUAAGACUUGAUGAGUUUCUUUAAUAAAGUCUGUUUAUUUUUGA